CAGGGAUCGAAUCCUUGGGAUCCACCCCAGGCACUAAAACCCGCGGUGGUGGCUGGAUUCAUAACAGUGCGGCCGUUGGCUGGCUCGAGGAUCGAGGGCUAUCAUGCUUUGGGAACGGUCGACCCGCUCGAGGCAGGACGACGGCUCUCGUUGGCAGUUGGGCCCUUUUCCUUGCCCCUGGCCACCCAGGUGACCAUCCCCUGGUGCCUGGAUAUGAUCAUGUGCUGGCUCCUGUUCCUGAUGUCUGUCGUGUGAUCUCCCCUCAGUGUUGCAGGCGGGUAUAUCAUAAGUGCGGUGUCUCAGCCGGGUCGAUCCAGACACGACAGGUUUGUAUCACGUACAUAUCUAGCCCAGCACCAUGGCCCUCCCGGAACAUGGUGAUCUCCCUACAUUUGAUAUCACCCCCGCUGACUUGCGAGACCAGACCAAUCGUCUGGUCCACCAAGUUCAGUCGGCGGUUGAUACGCUAGUGGAGACGGUCGCACCGGGCAGUGCCACCGUUGCCAACACAGUGCGUCCUCUGGGCGAUCUGGACAACGCGUUCAAGUACGAGGUGCAGUAUAUCGCGCUGUUCCAGUCGGUGGCCCCGUCGCCCGACCUCCGGCAAGCCGCCUCGGACGCCAUCAACCUGCUGAACCAGACCUAUCUGGCGCUGUUCCAGAAUGAAGCCCUCUUUGCUCUGGUGGAUGUGGCCUAUCGCCUGGUCGAGGAUGAGGAUGCCACGGACGAGUCCACGCGUCUGUUGGCCCGAUUCCAUCGGAUGUUCGUGGACAAUGGCCUCCAGCUGUCUGGGGCGGACCGCGACCGCUUCACCUGGAUUGCAAAGCGGUUGCUCGAGAUCCGAGUCGAGUUCAUGGACAAUCUGGCUACUGACCCGGGCAGCUUGUGGGUAGACCAGGAGGCGUUGCAAGGCCUCCCCGACCGCAAGCUGCAGAGCCUGGCCCUCGACGAUCAGGGCGCGCGAGGCGUCCGUCUCGACCGGCCCAGCGUCAAUGCGGUUCUGACCAAAUGCCGCGUAGCCUCGACGCGACGAGACGUCUUCCUGGCGGGCCAGUCCAUUUACCCCGAAAAUGCCAGACUGUUCGAAGAGGCCGUCCGGCUGCGGAGUGAAUCGGCGCAUCUGCUGGGGUUUCCCUCCUACGCGGUGCAGCAACUGCGUCACCAGUUGGUGAAGUCCCCUGAAGCCGUCCACGAGCUGCUGGACGACUUCACAGCCAAACUUCGUCCGGUCGCGUCGCAGGAGGUCCAGGCCUUGGAGCAGAUAGACGGCCUCGAAGACCCGUUACACCUCUGGGACUUCGACUAUUACCACCACCGCAUGCUGCAGGAGGAGUAUAAGGUCGACCAUGACCGCAUUUCCGAGUACUUCCCGGCUGAGCACACACUCCGGCGCAUGUUCGACACCUUCGAGAAGCUAUUUGGUCUGUCCAUCUUGGAGGUAACGGAGAAGGAAGAUCGACAUGUCUGGCAUCCAGAAGUCAGGGUUUUCGCCGUCCGGGACCGACACGAGGGUUCGUUCCUGGGCUUCCUGUACACCGACCUGUACCCUCGCCCCGGCAAGUACAACCACGCGGCCAACUUCAAUAUCCGCCCGGGAUUCAGAAGAAAAGACGGGCAGCAAUCCCCGGUCGCGACGGCCCUGGUGUGCAAUCUCUCGCCCGCGACGGCCGCCGAUGUGCCUGCACUGCUGCAGCACCGAGAAGUCAUUACCGUCUUCCACGAGCUCGGCCAUGCCAUUCACGACCUCCUCGGCCGUACCGGGUACGCCAUGUUCACUGGCCAUCGGACCGUGCGCGACUUUGGCGAAGCGCCCAGCCAAUUGCUCGAAUACUGGUGCUGGGUGCCCGAGUGCCUUCAACCUCUGAGCUUUCAUUAUUCCUACCUGCCUGAGUAUUCGGAUCAAUGGGCCGACUCAAGAAAACCCCCGAGGGAGAUCCCUGACGAUCUCAUCGAAGGCCUCGUCGCAGCGAAGCAAGUCAACCAGGCGAUACUGACCCUCAGGCAGGUUGCCUUCAGCAAAUUCGACAUGCAAAUCCACACGCGCAGCUUCCACUCAGAACCCAACACACUCUCCCCAAUCGCAGAGAUAUACAACUCUCACCUCCAAGAAAUGACCCUCCUCCGCGGCGCGGAGGGGUUAGAUUGGGGCCACGGCCACGCCACCACGCUGCAUUACAUGUGGGGGCAGGACGCCAACUAUUUCUCGUAUCUGUAUACCCGUGUCCUGGCGGCUGACAUCUGGGCCUCCCAUUUCCGGGACGACCCUAUGAGCGAGACGGCCGCACUGCGCUAUCGACGCAUGGUUCUGGAGAAGGGCGGCAGCGUGGAUGAGGCUGGAAUGCUUCGCGAUUUCCUGGGACGGGUCCCGCGAGCGGAUGCGUAUUUUCGCGAUUUUGGGAUUGUUUGAUGAGUUGGUCGAUGAGAGGGCUCGGGGGAGAGAAUUUUGUGGAGAG